UACUCAUGGUUGGAGAGGGGGAGUUUGUUGAUUGUGGUUAAUUGAUGAAAAUGACAUUUGAAUGGAUGUGCAGAAAAUUUCGGCAUUUUCUUAGCAAACUGUUCGAUUUCCCCAUUCUCUCACCACCUAUAAUACAAACACCAAAUCCCCAAACAUAGUCCCCAAAAAUGGAACUCUCCUCAAUUCGCCACACAACUCUCAACCUCAAUGGAAUCAACCUCCACAUAGCCGAGAAAGGCGAGUCAGGUCCACUAAUCCUCUUUAUCCAUGGCUUCCCCGAGCUCUGGUACUCAUGGCGUCACCAGAUCCUCGAUCUCUCCUCCCGCGGCUACCGCGCCGUCGCCCCUGACCUCCGCGGCUACGGAGACUCCGACUCCCCACCCUCAGUUAACGACUACACUUGUUUCCACAUAGUAGGGGACUUAAUUGCUCUAAUCGACGCCCUUGUUGGAGUAGAAGAGAAGGUAUUCGUUGUGGGGCAUGAUUGGGGAGCGGUGAUUGCUUGGAAUCUUUGCAUGUAUCGGCCGGAUCGAGUUAAAGCGUUGGUGAAUACGAGCGUGACUUUCAAUCGACGAAGCCCUAAGAGGAAACCGAUUGAAUCGCUUAAAGCUCUGUAUGGCGAUGAUUACUACAUUUGCAGAUUUCAGGAACCUGGAGAAAUAGAGGCAGAGUUUGCUGAGAUUGGCACUGAAAGGAUUAUGACAGAAAUACUAAGUUAUCGCACUCCAAAGCCACUAAUGAUGCCUAAAGGCAGAGGCAAAGGCAAAGACCAUCCACUGGAUACUCCCAUUUCUUUGCCUCCAUGGUUAGCGAAGCAAGACAUGGACUAUUAUGUCUCCAAAUUUGACAAAAAUGGCUUCACUGGCCCAAUCAAUUACUACAGAAAUCUCGACAGGAACUGGGAACUCAAUGCUUCAUUUACAGGGGCUCAGGUGAAAGUUCCAACAAAGUUCAUUGUGGGUGACCAAGAUCUUACCUACCACUCUUUUGGAGCUAAACAAUAUAUACAGAGUGGGGAGAUGAAGAAAGACGUUCCUUUUCUUGAAGAGGUUGUUGUAAUGGAAGGCGUAGGUCACUUCCUUCAAGAGGAGAAGCCCCAUGAGAUCAGCAACCAUAUCUAUGAAUUCAUUAAGAACUACUAGUUCUCUUAGGACUGCUCUGGUUUUCCUUUUGUAUUUGCUUGAUAAGGUUUGCCUGAACCCAGACACUAUCUCUACUAUUGUAUUUCUUAGUUCCAAUGCCUAUGGUAUUUAAAUGACUAGCCAAAGAAAGUACUUCAAAUUAAUGGUGUAAAUGAACAACUCUAAGCCUACAAUCUUAUUAAAUGUUAGUGGAGUCUGGUAUUUAUUGGAAA